UUUGUUUUUUACGGAUAUCGUUAUCUGCUGCUUCUCACGAAAAACACGAAGAAGCAGGAGGAGAGCUCGAACACAAAAAUGGAGGGAACCAUCUCUCCGCUUUGCCUACGUUCUUCAUCGAGCCUAUCUUACUUCUCUAGCAACCUUUCACUAGACUCUCACCGUACUCUUGGUUUUACUACAUCCGUGGAUUCGCUCCGGUCGUCGUCACUACGGUUGUUUCUUUCUCCGACGAGAGGAUCUCUCCGUACGCCGACAAUCUCCGCGGAGGAAGUGAGAGAUGUGCCGAUGCCGAAGGUUGAUAAGAGCGGUCGAUUAAGCAGUCCCCGCGCCGCCCGCGAGCUCGCUCUUGUAAUACUUUAUGCUGCAUGCUUACAAGGCUCCGACCCUAUUCGUCUCUUUGAGAAGAGGAUCAAUGCUAGAAGAGAGCCUGGAUACGAGUUUGACAAGAUUUGUUUGUUGAAAUACAACCACAUGAGCUUUGGAGGACCUCCUGUUAAAACAGAAACUAGUGAAGAGGAAGAUGAGCUUGUGCGCCAUGAUGAAAAUGAGUCCAAGAUUGAAGCGGAAGUGCUUUCAGCUCCUCCAAAGCUGGUGUACAGCAAGCUUGUUUUACGGUUUGCAAAGAAACUCUUGGCUGCAGCGGCUGAUAAAUGGGAUACUCAUGUCGUCACCAUCGAGAAAAUCUCCCCUCCAGAUUGGAAGAGUGCACCGGCUGGAAGAAUACUAGAGUUUUCGAUUCUUCACUUAGAAAUGUCUGAAAUUGCAGUCAUUGAAACUCGACACCCGAUUGUCAUUAACGAGGCUGUUGAUCUUGCAAAACGGUUCUGCGAUGGAUCAGCGCCACGCAUAAUCAACGGAUGCCUUAGGACAUUUGUCAAGGAUAGAGCAGCAACACCAACACCUCAAGCUUUAGAAUCAAAGCAAGAAGUGCCGGUUUAAGUAAAGAACAAACUCGCAUCUACGUUUGGAGGCAGGAAGACCUCAGAUUUUGGUUCGUUGGGAAUAGCUCGUAAGUAAAGUGUUGAUCCGAUGAUCUUUAGAGUCUAGACCAGGAGAGAUUCUGGUCCGAAGCUUUUCGUAACUGAGACUGAAUUUAUCUAAUCCAUUGCAGCACAAUGAUUAUUGCUAAGAACACAACAUGCCCUAUAUAAUAGUAUAAUGUAUUCUCCCUAAUUUAUAUAUUUUAUGUAAUCGCUUAAAUGUUUCUGUC